UGGACCGCACACUGAAAAGCUGUCGACUUUAAACCUGCAUGCAGUGUGGUGCACUGUACUUGGUUCGUCGAGGUCCGUCUCCUCUGCUCCCCCCUUGCUGACUUUGUUGAAGAGUCGGAUCCCCGUCACGACCAUGGCUUCCAGCUGGCUGCUCCCGGCUCCAUGAAAGCCUGAGUCGAAUGAGCUGAAGGAGGGGGGCUUACCAGCAGCUAACACCACCCCAGUAACUGCAGUCAAAGAACGUGUUCCAGGAAGAUUGACAUCUGCUUGCCCGCCUGCUGGACGGCAUCACCUGGGACUACAUUAGACAGAUAAGCCAGAUGAACCAGCUCCUCCGUAUCUGGUGGGGGAUUCUUCUUUAAGAAAAAAGAAAGUCUGCACCUCCAUGCAGGGAUCGUCCCCCAGGUCCUCCUGUGUCGCUGUGUGGGACCACCAGCUGCAUCAACACCUGACAGCAGCUCCUGGAGGAGGUUCUCACAUAGCACCAGACUGUACCAGCUGUUGGCCUACAAAAGCAGCAGUAAACAGAUCGGGACAGCGGGACCUGACGGGGAAGAUGUCUCGGGCUGCGGACAGACUCAAACAGCUGAUCGGUCACCUCGAUCGCUCGCCGGCCGCGAUCCAAGCCGCACCGACCUCUGCUCAGACCCUUGCCCGCAGAAGACCACCGCAGAGUCUGAGAUACACUUUUGACAGUGACCUGCUGACCCCAGAGCAGCGACUCUCUUAUGAGCAAAAUGGCUUCGUCCUCAUCAGGAACCUGGUGCCAGAGGAGGAUGUCGACAAGUUCAGGAAGGCAUUUGAACGGAUCUGUCGCCAGGAAGUGAAAGUUCCCGGCAUGCUUGUGAUGAGGGACGUGGCGAUCGCCAAGUCAGAGUUCGUCCCGGACCAGAGGGCCGUGUCCAAAAUCCAGGACUUCCAGGAGGAUCCCGAACUGUUCCGCUACUGCAGCUUACCACAGAUCCUGGAGUAUGUGGAGUGUUUCACUGGACCAAAUAUCAUGGCCAUGCACACCAUGCUGAUCAACAAACCUCCCGACGCAGGUAAGAAGACGUCGCGCCACCCGAUGCACCAGGAUCUGCAUUACUUCCCGUUCCGACCGGCCGACCGCAUCGUCUGCUCCUGGACGGCAAUGGAGAAAGUAAACAGGCAGAAUGGCUGCCUGGUCGUCCUGCCGGGAACUCACACCGGCACGCUGCAGGAGCACGACUACCCCGUGUGGGAGGGCGGGGUGAACAAGAUGUAUCACGGCGUGCGGGACUAUAACCCGCAGCACCCCAGGGUCCACCUGGAGAUGGAGAAGGGUGACACUGUCUUCUUCCACCCGCUCCUCAUCCAUGGCUCCGGCAUGAACGAGACGGAGGGCUUCCGCAAGGCCAUCUCCUGCCACUACGCCAGCGGCGACUGUUAUUACAUCGACGUGAAAGGAACCACACAAGAGAACAUAGAGAAAGAGGUGAUGGAGAUCGCAGCUCGGAAGUAUGGUUUGGACAAAAUUGCAUUCAAGGAUUCUUGGGCUUUCCGAGGCCGUCUGGUGCAGGGAGAGAGGGUAUCACUGUGAGGACGCCCACAGACGUGACCAAUCACUGAGCUGCAACGAGAGCAGAUUAAUGUAAUGAUCAGCUUCUGAUGGUAAAAAAAAAAAUCCCCAAAUUCCUUCAGCAGAGGAGGAACGGAAUUUCUAGAUGAAUUACUGUAUAUGUAAUCGUGCUCAAUAACUGUUUGGUGAUUUGUUCUGGGCAAGUGAUGGGGAGCAUGUCGUCCGAACAGAAAACAUAUGGGGGAGUAAUGUUUGAAUGGAAAAUGGCUGAUGUAAUUUUACAUUAUGAAGCUGAAAUAUGACGUUAAAACGAUGGAACAGUGUGAAUGCAUCAUGAAAUGUCAACCAGGCUGUUUAAUGAACACAUACCUUGAUGGAAAGGGAUGUUGAGUGCACUAAUACCAGGCUGAAAAAGACUUGUGUUAUGUUGAUCAGAAAGCAAAACAAUAAUAAUUACAUGGGCCUUCACCUUUCACUGCCUCACAAACGUAUCACUGUUUGAAUUUUCUUGUUUCUCUUUAUUUGAUGGGUGUUAACUGUUUGAUGAUGGGUGAAUGGGUUUUGGCCUUAUUUUCUUGUCUGUCUAUGAUAAUUGCAAUGUUAAAAUAACAUUAAUAAUAAAAGAAAUUGCUGCUAUUAUAA